AGGAGGUGCGCAGCUGGGCGCGCUCCUUCGACGCGCUGAUGCACAGCCCGGCCGGCCGCGGCGCCUUCCGCGAGUUCCUGCGCACGGAGUACAGCGAGGAGAACAUGCUCUUCUGGCUGGCCUGCGAGGAGCUCAAGGCCGAGGCCAACCAGCACGUGGUGGACGAGAAGGCCCGGCUCAUCUACGAGGACUACGUGUCCAUCCUGUCCCCCAAGGAGGUCAGCCUGGACUCGCGCGUGCGGGAGGGCAUCAACAGCAGGAUGCGGGAGCCGUCGGCGCACACCUUCGACGACGCCCAGCUGCAGAUCUACAGGCUCAUGCACCGGGACUCCUACCCGCGCUUCCUGGGCUCCCCCGCCUACCGCGCCCUGCUGCUGCGGGCCGGCCCCGCGCCCGCCAGCGAGGCCUAGGCCGGCCGAGCUCCCUGGGCGCUGCCGGACUGCGGAGCGAGACCUGGGGGCCGGCACCCCCACAGCAGACCCAGCGGCUGGCGAGGAAGCCCCUCCCCUGCCCCCCCACCCCACGGCGGCCGGCUUUGGGGGGGACAGGGCCUGUCCGUCUGUCUCUGUGAUUUGGGGACCUCCACCCUCAUCCAUCCCUCCGAGGCCAGGAGGGCGCUGGCCGGGGCGCUGAGCGUGGUCCUGGCUGUACGCGGACUUGUGCCCUGUGUCUUCAGAAACAAGUGCCGAUGCUGCCGACCUGCACUCUUCCCCCAAACAGGCUGUCUCCCCGCGGCUGCUCUUUCUAAAGCAAACCCCCGCCGUUCCUGGGGGGGGGGGCGAUCAAGGCACCCCUCCCCCGCCGGCUCGUCCACAGCGCGCCCCUCAGCUGUGUCCAGCCUGCUGGGCGGGUGGGGGCUGGGCAAGUGUGGGCCGAGGGGCCCGCGGGAGGCGGGCACUCGGGUGCCCAGGGGCGCG